AUGGUCGACUUCGGGAUCAUCGACCCCCAAGUACCCGCAUCUGCGAGUCGGGGGUUAGCUGUUAAGUCGCGUUCCAGCACAGCUCUAUCGCGCACCAGCGCAGACUUAUUGUCCGACUAUGGAAUUUCCAAACUCGAGCCAGAGCCCCAGGAGGGCCCCACGGAAUACAAAUUGCACCUGCUGCUUCGGCCUAGACGUUCAUAUAUUUCUAUCUCGACAGGCAAUCUUGUCGCGGGUUCAUUUCAUCAUCGUGCUUUGACAUCAACAUCUGCGUCGCCAAGUUCGGAGCCGACUCUGAGACCGAUGCAAACAAGAUCAAAUCAGAGCCGCCAGCAGCGACUGCAGGGGCUGACUACCCAACUACUGUGGCGUUUGCAGCAGUCCUCCCCUUUUCAUUCAUCUACCACUUCAAAACUUGUUGUGCCAGUCCUCCCCGACGCAGCACCGGAGUUGGGUGCACCCUUGAAACCCGCCCGCUUGCUUCCGGGCCUCGAGGAGAGUCAAGGUGCGUUGUACGAGAUUGGUGUCGCCGACGACGGUACUUUCGUAGGCCUCACUCAAGACGAGGUGGAUGAAAGUGUGUCCAACUUGCGAACGAUGGCUGCUAGCCUCGGAUGUAAAGUCGAAAUUCUCCGCCGAGUCGUGGUUGGACAAUGCGAGUGGGCUGAGGAUUCGCCCUCUGAGCCGGUUGACUCAACGCACAGCCACACCGAGAGGCUCUGGGUUGCUGAGGCUCUAGUCAGUCCGGACCUGGACUUCUACAAUAUAUCCCAGGCCAAGAUCAAACAAGGUCUGAGAAAUGCAGUAGACCCAAAGCCAGGGAACGAUGGACCUUCCAGUGAAGAUUACUCUCAUACGGAACAGAUCCGAAUAUCGCUCACAGGCCCCAGCACAGCCGGAAAGUCAUCUUUGCUCGGGGCUUUGACUUCCUCUGCACUCGACAACGGAAGAGGUAAAAGUAGGCUGAGCUUGCUCAAACACCGCCACGAGAUCUCGUCUGGUAUAACCAGUUCAGUUGCCCAGGAACUCAUUGGAUAUACUAACGGCUCGUCUCCCAAUGUGAUCAACUAUGCCUCUGGCAAUGUUGCUGGCUGGGAUGAUAUUCAUGCUGCAUCAAAGGGAGGGCGGCUGGCCUUUGUGUCUGACUUGCCUGGCUCUGUCCGAUAUCUCAAAUCCACGUUGAGAGGCCUAGUAAGCUGGGCCCCGCACUAUGUAAUGCUGUGCAUUCCAGCCAAUUCCUCCGACCAGACCCUUGACGCCGGGCAGGCAGGAAAUGAGCAAUCCGAGCUUGAAACCUGUUUGGCAUACCUAGAACUUUGCCUGAAGCUAGAGGUCCCCGUGUUGAUUAUCAUCACAAAGAUGGAUCUUGCAAGUCGCAGUGGCUUAAGAGACACGCUUGCCAGAGUUCUCUCUACGGUCAAAUCCGCUGGACGACAGUCUGCAAUACUCCCAACACCGCCCGUUGGUGACAAACCAGUCGACCUUCAGCAAAUCAGUGAUGUUGACAGCCUCCAAGCGCAGAAAGCGAUCGCUGCCGCCGAAGGAAAAUGGGCUCAUACUGUGCCCAUCCUUCUGACUAGUGCGGUAGAUGGUUCUGGUAUAGGCAAGCUCCAUGCUUUCCUUCGGUCCCUCCCAAUCCCCGCAAGACCUUCGCAAAGAAUCGUUCGUGUCCCGAAUGGAGUUCCAAUGUCGCCUUAUGGCUCCUCGAACAUAUUCGACGUGGAUGAAGUAUUUGCAAUCCCACCGUCCAAAGUCUAUUCAAUAGACUCAGAGACGAAUGGACAAGAAAAUCGGGGAAUGGUGCUCUGCGGUUUGGUCCGACGUGGCAGUAUUUCUAUUGGUGAUGAGAUGGUCAUCGGCCCCAUUUUGGUGGACACUACCAAUGAUUCAAGCCAAGAGGCCCAAACACCGGGAGGGUCGCUGUCCCGCAGUGGGCCCGGUCCCUCGGGCGAUCAUCCGGCAUCCCUCCCGCAGAGUUUAUUGUCUGGCAAAGACCCGCAAGCGAAAUGGCAACGCAUCCGCGUUGUUAGUGUAAGGGACUUACGACUACCAGUGCGACGUCUUGUGAGAGACCAGGUGGGAACAAUUGGCAUUGAGCCAGUUGGCUAUUUAGAAGAUGGUGUCUUACCACGUUUCGGUCGAAUACGAAAAGGCAUGGUUCUUUCAGACUUCCAUGUCUCAACCUCGGGCGGGAAUGAAAUAUCGCCUGCUCCUGCGUUGCUUUCAUUGCCUUUCCACACCGGAUUCACCGCCACGUUCCGCUCAGCCGAGUUCUCUGCCCCGAACUCUCCUCCACUGUUACUAGGAGGAAAUGCGAUAGCCUAUGUUGCCAAUGUUCGCACCACGGUGCGCGUAAUUUGCAUGGCUCUUGCCGGCACUGGUGAAGAGACGUCGUCGGAGCCAUCUUCUCCAUCUGAACCCGAGUUCUUCAACUUCGAUGGUGAUUCCCACUUGCCUGCGGAUAAGUCUAAUCCCACUAGUGCAAAUAGUAUCAUGAGCCAGGUGGACUGUGACGGGGCCUCCGAUUCAGACCGCCGACGCAGCUCCGCCAUGGACAUCAGCAAAGUGGUAUCUGGCACCGCAUCUGCCUCGAUUGUAGGUACCGCUUCCUCUGCACAAGCACUUAAAGAGGACGUGAAGAUCACAUUUGCGUUUGUUUCCUCGGUCGAGUGGCUCGAGCUCGGAUCCCAAGUCAUUGUGAUGCCAGGUACUUCGGUCACUCCUGCGUCGUCUCAAACAGGAGCCACUGUGGCGUCUGCAUUUGCGUCUGGGUCCAACUCUACUCCGACUUCAAUAUCAGGACUGGAGGGCUUUGUUGGAACGGUGUCAGAUGUCAUUCCCGGGCGAGCCCCCAUUAGUUCGGCCUAG